GUUUUCUUUUACAGAAAAAUUAUAAAAGAACAAUUUUACACUUAAACAAACACAUACCACCACGUUUCUUGCGGGAGAAGCAACCGACAAAUGGAUACCGAGAAAGGUUAUCCCAGAGGUUUCAGAGCAGAGAGUCUACGACCAGAAACGGGCCCCAGAAGCUUUCGGUUUGAUAGUAUGCAGAUCGAUGAAGCAGCCGAUCUACAAAAAGACGAGAUACGACAAGAGAACUCGACCUAUCUUGUCCUCUUCAAGAACAUAGACAGUGGAGAGUUGGAAGCCACGAAAGACUUCUUGGACCGAAACCCUGAAGCUUUAACCGCAAUCUUAACCUCUAAUGGAGACACUCCAAUCCAUAAAGCUGUUUUGUCGGGUCACAUCAAGAUCGUGGAAGAGAUCAUUAGAAGAAUUCAUGAUCCAGAGCAAGUGUUAAAGAUCAAGAACGAUAAUGGUUAUACAGCGCUUACUUAUGCUGCCACUGGUGGAAUUGUAAGAAUUGCAGAGUGUUUGGUGAAUAAGUGUCCUGGUUUGGUCAGUGUUCGGAAUGCGAAAGAGCAUAUACCGAUCGUGGUGGCUUCAUUGUACGGUCACAAACAUUUGGUUCAGUAUCUUUACAGUCACACACCUCUCAGUGAUCUUGAUCCUUGUGAUGAUUCAGAUGAACACAAGGGCAAGAACGGAGCGAUGCUCGUGACAAAUUGUAUUGUCGAUGGAUUAUAUUGUAUUGCUUUGGAUCUGAUUCAGAGGUAUCCUAAGUUGGCUUAUACUCGAGACAGUGAUAACGAUACAGCGAUCAUGGCGCUUGCUCAAACACCUUAUGCGUUUCCUAGCGGUACCCGUCUUGCAUUUUGGCAACGGUGGAUAUAUUCUUGUAUUCACAUAGAGAAGAUUAAUAACCCUCAUGAAGUUAAUAAUCACCAUCACCACCAUCAAUAUAGGAAUUCGCAGGAUCAUAAUUCGAUUCAAGAGAAGUUGAUGAAACACCUCAAAUAUCUUUUUCCACGCAUAAUUAGACGUGUAUACAAACUAAAGCUAGGACAUGCUCAAGCUAAAGAAAUACUAGACUGUAUCUGUCAAGAGAUACCUAAAUUUGACGCGGCUCAACAAAAGAACGCUGGUCUAAACCAAGCUCUCUUUAAGGCGGUAGAGAAUGGAAUCGUAGAGUAUAUCGAGGAAAUGAUGAGGCAUUAUCCUGAUAUCGUAUGGUCCAAAAAUAGUAGUGGUCUUAACAUCUUCUUCUACGCGGUAAGCCAGAGACAAGAAAAGAUCUUUAGCCUCAUUUACAAUAUAGGUGCUAAGAAGAACAUCCUCGCUACAAAUUGGGACAUAUUCCAUAACAAUAUGCUUCAUCACGCCGCGUAUAGAGCCCCAGCCUCAAGGCUUAAUCUCAUUCCUGGUGCAGCUCUUCAGAUGCAAAGGGAACUACAAUGGUUUAAGGAAGUGGAGAAGUUAGUGCAACCGAAGCAUCGAAAAAUGGUUAACUUGAAGCAGAAGAAAACUCCAAAGGCUCUGUUUACAGACCAACACAAGGAUCUCGUGGAGCAAGGAGAGAAAUGGAUGAAAGAAACAGCAACUUCUUGCACAGUCGUUGCCGCUCUAAUCACCACAAUGAUGUUUUCCUCCGCCUUUACUGUCCCCGGAGGUUACCGUUCAGACGGCAUGCCACUCUACAUCCACCAGCACAGAUUUAAGAUAUUCCUCAUCUCCGACGCUAUCUCUCUUUUCACCUCAUGUAUGUCUCUCCUCAUGUUCCUCGGCAUUCUCAAGUCUCGCUACCGUGAAGAGGAUUUUCUUCGAUCACUUCCGACAAAACUGAUCGUGGGUCUUUUGGCUUUGUUUCUUUCGAUGGCGACGAUGAUUGUGACUUUUGUCGUGACGCUCAUGACUCUGGUUGGAGAGAAAAUCUCGUGGGUUUCGGCUCAAUUUAUGUUUCUUGCGGUGAUUCCGCUGGGGAUGUUCGUUGUCCUUCAGUUUCCGGUGUUACUUGAGAUCUUCCGCGCCACUUAUUGUCCUAACGUUUUUGAUAAACCUCGGCGAGUGUUUAAGCUUUGAUCGAGACUCGAGAGGAAUAAUGUUGGUGAUCAAACUAAUGAUGGUCUUCCACUUCACUUGUAAUUCUUCCUACAAACAUAUGAAAAAGCCUUAUGAGUAGUAGGUUCGAGCCUUCAAAAUCAGAGUUUAAUUGUGUUCUAGCAUUAAUAUAUACUUCUGAUUUUUGUUUUUAGUAAAUAAUGAUGAUUAUACAUUAUUUACCAGUUUCCUUUUAUAAUUCUCUCUUCCAUAUGCA